CGUGAAAAGCCUGCAGUCUUUGUGUCCUGCUCUGUACCAGAGUGUCAGUGUCUAAGCCCUUGGUGUCCCUCGGAGCUCAGCUGGGGCAGCCGCUGUCACUGCCAGGCUUCCAGCCUCCCACUGAGAGCAACACAGAGGACACAAUGGCCACCUCCACCAGCCUGCUGCUGCUACUGCUCCUGAGCCAGCCCUGGGCGGGGGCCAGUGCUGAGACCCAGGCUGUGGUGUGCGCGGGGACUGCUUGCUACACGGCCCACUGGGGCAAGCUGAGUGCGCCUGAGGCCCAGCUUCACUGCAGCAAGAACGGGGGCAACUUGGCCACGGUGAGAACUGAGGAGGAGGCCCAGCACAUCCAGCGAGCACUGGCCCAGCUCCUGGAGCCAGGGAUGCCUUUGGCAACCCGGGUGGGCAAGUUCUGGAUAGGACUCCAGCGAGAGAAGGGCAAGUGCUUGGAUCCCAGCCUGCCUCUGAAGGGCUUCAGCUGGGUGGGUGGUGGGGAGGACACACCUUAUGCCAACUGGCACAAGGAGGCCAGAAGCUCUUGCAUCUCCAGGCGCUGUGUGUCCCUAAUGCUAGACCUGUCCCUGCUUCCCCUCACCAGCCGCCUCCCCAAGUGGUCCGAGGGCCCCUGUGGGAGCCCGGGUUCUCCUGGAAGCAACAUCGAAGGCUUUGUGUGCAAGUUCAGCUUCAAAGGCAUGUGCCGGCCCCUGGCCCUGGGAGGCCCAGGUCAGGUGAACUACACCACCCCCUUCCAGGCCACCAGCUCCUCCCUGGAGGCUGUGCCCUUUGCCUCUGUGGCCAAUGUGGCCUGUGGGGAUGGGGAAAAGAGUGAACAGUAUUUCUUCCUGUGCAAGGAGAAGGCCAUUGAUGUGUUCGACUGGAGCAGCUCGGGUCCCCUCUGUAUCAGCCCUGAGUACGGCUGCAACUUCAACAAUGGGGGCUGCCAGCAAGAUUGCUUCGAGGGGGGAGAUGGCUCCUUCCGCUGCGGCUGCCGCCCCGGAUUCCGGCUACUGGAUGACCUGGUGACCUGUACCUCCCGGAACCCUUGUAGCUCCAGCCCCUGUGGAGGGGUGGCGACAUGCGUCCCUGGACCCCUUGGGAAAAACUACACGUGCCUCUGCCCCCAAGGCUACCAUCUGGACUCAACUCAGCAAGAUUGUGUAGAUAUGGAUGAGUGCCAGGAUUCCCCCUGUGCCCAGGAGUGUAUCAACACUCCUGGGGGCUUCCGCUGCCAGUGCUGGGUGGGCUAUGAGGCCAGCGGCCCUGGAGAGAGGGCUUGUCGGGAUGUGGAUGAAUGUGAGACAGGCCACUCACCCUGUACCCAGAGCUGCACCAACACAGAUGGCUCCUUCUACUGCUCCUGCAAGGACGGCUAUGUUUUGUCUGGGGAGGACGGCACCCAGUGCCAGGAUGUGGACGAGUGUGAGGGCCCAGAGGGCAGCCUCUGUGACAGCUUAUGCUUCAACAUGCAGGGGUCCUUCCGCUGCGGCUGCUUGCCAGGCUGGGAGCUUGCCCCCGACGGGGUCUCCUGCAUCGUGGGGCCCACGUCCCUAGGAGGAUUGGCUGGACCUCUUCAAGGGGAGAACACAGGAGGUAGAGAGGGGAGAAUCGUGUCUUCUGCCACAAUGUCAAGUCCAACUGGGGACCCUAAGGGCACCUCCAAGGUGGCACUCACCAUGAGGAAAUCCUCCCUCCCACCCAAUGCCUCUAUCACCCCUGCCCCACCCAAGACACUGACCCCCAGUAGGUCCCCUGGCAUCUGGAUUGAGCCCAGCAACCACCACUCCACAACCACCACCAGCCAUGAGGAGUCUACGGGUGAGGAUUUCAUGGUCCAACAAAAGGAUGACGGCACUGAUGGGCAGAAGCUGCUUUUGUUCUACAUUCUGGGCGCUGUAGUGGCCAUCUUACUCUUGCUGGCUCUGGCCCUAGGACUGCUGGUUUACCGCAAGCGCAGAGCCAAGAGGGAGGAGGAGAAAAAGCCCCAGAGCGCAGCAGACAGCUACUCCUGGGUUCCAGAGCGAGCUGAGGGCAGGGCCAUGGAAAACCAUUACAGUCUGACACCUGGGACGGACUGCUGAAGAUAAAGUGGUCCCAGAGACACUGACAGUCAGCUGCCACCAUCUUCAGAGAUUUAUGCUCCCUGUCAGAAGGCAGGACCCACAUCCUUCUAAAAGACUGGACUGGAAUCUUAGCAAACAGUUGUAAACUUUCUCCUUAAAAGCCUGGCAACUUGGAAUGUGCAGGUAUAUUCUAUGUGUGUGUGAUACUCCUGAAGUUGUGCGUCACUGCAGGAAUUUUGUGAAUAUUAACAAUUCUCACUCUCUCUUGUCAAAUUCAAGUGUGACUGAUUUCAUUUUUUGCAUUCAUUCUGAAUUGCAAGUUUGGUGCUAAUGGGCUCCUUUCGAACUGCUUCUCUGCUGACAGGAGUUAUCUAAGAAGAAAAGGGGUCUGAUAAUGCUAAUUAGGACUGAAAUGGUGUGUUCCUCUUAGUAUAAUGGAGACUAAGUGAAUUAAUAGCUUAAUUAUAUAAGAAGCUCUUUUUUGUUUUUUGUUUUGUUUUGUUUUGUUUUUGUCAGAGGGAAACUGUUCAGGACUGGGAACAUCUCUUUACCUUUACGGCUGUCCUUGAUAUUGUUGAAAUCCUCCACAUUGACCAGAAAUCCACCUAAAUGCUUAGGUAGCAAGGAGGCAGUUUGUUUAGACAUACAUUUCCUUGUUCUUAAGUUACUGAUGAUAGUCUUGGAUUUAUUUGCCAGUGAAGCCUGAAAAAUGUGGUAAAAGUUAUAUGAAGUGAGUUAAAAAGGUUUUUGAAAACAAAUAACCUAAAGUGCUGGAGAAAGAGAGGCUGGGGUUUGCUCCACAAGCAUUUAAAUCUAAAUUCAUCUAAAUGUUCUGAUGUUAACACACACUUGACUAUUGAUGAGAUGAAAACUCAUAAGGAAAAAAGCCAAGGACAACUUGUCUCUGAGCCAGUGCAGCCCCAAGACACCCUCCAUCCUGGGCUGCCUGGCCUUCACCUCAUGCAACUCUGGAUUUGGGUGUUUGACUGUAGAUAGAGAAAGCACCAAAAAGUCUAUCAUUCUGAUUGUUUCUAUAGGAUGUGUGAGAGAAAUGAUAUGCUGAGUUCUGAAAGCUGUCAUCAUAAACUGUUUUAGCAUAGUUCAUAGUCCAUAUGGCAUCCUGAGAACUUGAUCCUGAUUUGUGGCUGUAGGAUACAAAAAAGUCAGGGAUGGGUCGUGCAGGAUUCUGUCCCAGUGCUGCUUCAGGAACUUGUGUCCCCUUUCUCUCUUUUCAGUAAAAAGGGUGGGGGUGGGGGAGAGAAAAUAACUAAAAUCUUUUGCAACUGCAAAAACUACUCAAAGCAAUUUUAAUUUAUAUCCUCAUUUGUAAGUGCUCAAUUGCAAAGAUUUGCCCUUAAUGUAGAUGAUAGCAUAUAGUUCCACCUGACUCACCAGAAAGCAACUGGAAUGGUGGGAAUUGUUAGAGCUGCCUUAGUGGCACUGGGAGGCCUCUGAUGGACAGGAGCUUGUCUGCUGCCAACAUAGAGAAGGACAGAGGGAAUGUGUUUCCUUCCAGAGACUCCAAAUUCUGCUCCUCAGAAGGAGGAUACCUUACUGUUUCUGGUUUUGUCUUAGAAAUGCAUCUGUCCCAGAGGUCCACACCCUGGGUGGGAAUAGUGUCAGGUACACAGCCUUCAAAGUCAAAUAAAUAUCCUUUUGCCAAUUUUGAAAUGUAGAUGCUACAGUUCAGAUUUUUUUCAAGACAAUGGAAAACUGAAGGGGAAUGAUGGAAGGAAAUAUGGAGGCUCUUUCGUGCAUAGUAGGGGUUUGGAAAAUCUGUCUUUUAAAGUCAGUUUUCACUUGGAAUAUUGGUAUUUAACACUCAAGGAGACAAAAGCUGUGCCCAUUGACCACAGGACUCUUGGCAGUGUGCUGUAUGGGAACCAACUGUUUGACCAUUCAGAUGAUUUUAAAGACUUGGCCAGAUGUGUUGCUGACCAGUAUCUGCACUUACAUGUAAUAAAUACAAAUUCCACAGCUUUAUUCCUCCACCUUUACAGUUCUUACCCUUUUCACUUGGGAUAGAGGUGACAUUCCUACUCUGGGCUUCACCCAAGUCCUCUGUGAUCCUGUGGACCUUGAAUUCGCUGAGGUCCCCAAUGUGCCCUCUCAUUUCAGUGUUCCAUUUCUUCUAUGGUCCAGCCUCAUUUCCUGGUCUCUGUGUUUGAGUUCUUCUAUGGUAGGAACAGGCAGCCUAGUCCCCCACACCGGGGAGACCAUGUAGAUCCACGCUGUGGAACCCACAACCCACAAGGGGAGAUGUGGGUUGGGAAAUAGCAGUUUCUUAGAGUCCCUUCUGGCAGAGUUGGUCCUCCGAAGGCCAAUGAGGUCUCCUGCUCUCAGGCCCACCAGCAGCCAAGAUCUCCAACCUGGGUGACCUCAGGCAGAAAAUCUAAUGGAAACUGCCGGCCUCAAACAGAUGUUUUAUUCUCCGAUUUAAUACUGCUGCAAUUCUGUCUGAGGUACUCAAAUCUUUGUAUUGGGGAGCUUGGAGCUGCAACAAUGGAUAAACAAGUGCCCAUCGGUUGCUUGGCAAUUGGCAAACCACCUGUUUAUCCAGAGGAGGCCCAGGUGGCUCUGCCAUGACACAGCCAGAGACUGAGCAUGGGGAGAGGUGGUUCUGCUAUGCGCAGACUCCCCUAACCAUGUCCCUGGGCCGGACAGGAACAGAUCUGCUGAGCAGCACAAGUAGGACGAUGGGGAGAGGGAAAAGCCUCCACCUGGCAACAAGCUCAAAGCAAUGGAGACUUUUGUCCAAACAGUUUCCCAUAGUUCAAUAAUUCUGGGAGACUCUUGGAAAAACUAUAUUUGAGGUAAACUCACCAUCUUCCACCCUCUACCUCCCAAGGCAGAUAAUUUAGAGGGGAUGGCACCCUUAAACAUGCAGCCCACUAGACCCAUUCCUGAAUUUCAGGGACAGUCACUGCUUUUUCUUAUUCAUUGUUGGAGAGGCCUGAUGCAGGAAGAAAAUAUCCCCAGGGAAUCUGAGGCAUGGAGAAAGCCAAGGAUGAGGCAAUUUCCAAAAAUGCCUGGUGAGUGGUAGGCUUGGUGAGUGUCCUUUGUAGGAUGCCCCACGACUGCUCAACAGCGUGGCCUCAUGGCAAAGCAGCCAUUGAGGGUGGCUUGAUCAUAGCCCUGGUCACAUUGUGGUGCUACACAGCUGUGUGAGUGAAUUAAGUGGUUUCUGAGUUGAGGACAGGAGGACUGUGGCUAUAGUCACUGCCAGGCCUUGCCAGGCCAUCUCUAGCCCUACGUGCUAUUCAGUGAUACACUAGCAACCGUUGGGAAAGGCUCCUCCUCACAACUUCCUAUGACCAGGCAAACAAGUGGAAUAAAAAGUUAAGCAUGUAGCACAUGCUCAUGUACAUUGUGCAGGAGGGACUGAGUAUGAAACACAUCUCUUUUUUCUUAAACACAUAUGUAUGAGUUGCUGUUCUCUUUCACGUUCUAAUCAUGAGCGCUUGCUUGUCUGAGCAUGGGACCUGGACUUUUACCACUCAGCAAUCUUUGAAGAAUAUGGAUUUGACCAUUAGUUACUUUUAUUCCAACUUUCUUUCCCAUAAUUUUUUUUUUUGUGUGUGUGUGACAACUAAGAGAAGAGAGACGAGGUUUGACAAGGAAAAUGUACUAAAUUCAAAAUAACAGUUUUUUUAAGGCAAAUAUAAGAAAACCUUUUCAUAUUAUUUUUCUUCUGAGCUUCUCCAUUGUCUAGAUCAGCAAAACAGGAAAGCAUUGAUUUCUAGCAGCUGCAAAUGGUGUAAUGUCCCGACAUAUUUCCAUCACCUUAGACAAUAGGUUUAGUGUGGGAAUCUGAGCUAUGAGCCCUGAAAGCAUCUGUUCCUGUCUGGCUGCAAAACCUACUGCUUAAAUCUGUGUGGUUUGUCAACCAAAAAAAGAGGACGAUAAUCAAAAUUCUCCACGUGUCCAAUAAUCAAAUACCUUAUUCCAUUCCAGAUUCCGAAAACUCAUACUUACUGAAGUGCUUUAAAAAAAAAAAAAAAAAAAAAAGAAUUAUGUUUUGGUCUGUUCUUAGAGAUAAUGCCCAUCUAUUUUAGGAAGAAACUCUGGAAUUCUUUUCUUACAUUGUUCCUUUUAUCUACAAGGUGGCAAGUGUUUCCUUUCAGCAGAUUUUGUCCCCUGGUCCCUGGGAUAAAGUUCUUUUUGUAUAUUUGGUUUACGCUUGAAUUAGGUCAUAUGCAAGUCUCAUUCUGUGAUAUUAGGUGCGAUUUAUAAAUGUCAGUAAUCACUUCAUGAAUGCUAAAUGAGUAUAUAAAUAUUUUUAAAUACGUGUACUUGAAAUUUGUUCCACUGAAUCCGGAAUCAUGGAAUUUCUAGGCAGGGUUUAUUUUCAUCCUAGGCAUAAGUGCUUUGCAGUUUGCAGGGAGGGCACGCUUGAAGAUUGCACUGUUCCUCAGAAUUCUGAGAUACCGAGAGGCAUCUUGGGUCAGCCUCAAGAAGUGGCAAGUUUGUUGAUCUUUGCACUCUUUGUUACACACCUAUUCUAAUAAACUCUGGAAUACA